AUGCAGAUAGGGUUCCACCAAUGCAGGUGGGGAUACCAUAACCUUUCAGUGGUCGAGGAUGUCGUGGAGAACUACCGGAGCGCGCAGAUACCCCUCGAUGUGAUCUGGAACGACGACAACCAUAUGGACGCAAGGAAGGACUUGACGCUCAGCCCGGUGAACUACUCGCGCCCCAAGCUGCUGGCGUUUCUCGACAUGUUGCGGUUCCAUUGGUAUGUUUGUGUGGCUUGCUGGUUUGGUGUCAUAUAAUGUGUUCGUAUCAUUUCAUUAACAUUUCAUCUUCACCGUCGGUUCGAACGGAAGCCUAUGAUCAUUUGGGAAAUGGA